UUUUACAUUACAGCUUAUUCUUACUUGAAAUCUGAACAAAAUAAAACUUGCCACUCAUCCUGCACUGGACUCUGUUAAUUGUCUAAGUCAUGGUAAACCUUGCCCAGCGAAAAGAAGGGAUGAAACCUUUAUCACUAAGGAUACCGUCAGUCCGGUUAGAGAGAGAGGGUUCCUUACCCAGAAUAGAGCUGGGCUCAGUUACACCUACAACACCAGUUAGAUCACUUCAAUACGGACCCAGUUUUGGAAUCCCUAAGUACAACAAAGGGUCAAUUGAAGGAUAUAUUCCACCGAACACGAAGAAAUUGAGAAUGAGAAGCUUUCUAUGGGUUAAACCGGCCCUAGAGAGUCCUGCUUCAGCUCUUUUUUCUCAGUUGGUUCCUGUUUUGUUGGUGAAUAUUGCUGCUCUCUCUAGCGGUCUUGCUUUAGGCUUCUCAGCAAUUCUUUUGCCUCAGAUAAGACCUGAUUCUGAGAGGCUUGUGGAUUUAAGUCAUCAUAUUUACAACUUCACCACUCAACAUCGACCCUUCACUGCAAGCUUGGAACAAGGGUCAUGGAUAGCCAGUAUUUUCGGAAUUGGGGCGGUUUUUGGUGGUCUUUCCUCUGCAGUUCUAGGAAACAAGUACGGAAGACGUGCGAGUCUAUUGGUGUACUGCUUAGUUGACCUACUAGGUUGGUGUUUAGUAGCUGGUUCCCAGGAUCUAGGAAUGAUGCUAGUUGGUAGAUUUCUGGCUGGUUUUGCAGCAGCCGGAUACUCACCUUGUGUUCAAAUAUAUGUUGCAGAGAUAACUCAGGUUAAAAAAGACAAAAUCCGUUUUGCGUAAUAUUUAAUCAUUAAAGUAUUAAU